UACAUUUUCAAUCAUUCGCAAUUUAUAAUUUGCGCUCUCAUAAGAGCUUUCGUUUUUUCUUGAAAAGUGCUUUCCAUCACAUUGUUCCGAUAACAAUAGAUUCUUGAUUAUGGAUUGCCGAUCAGUGCUACUUUUUUGCCUCGCUGUCUUCUUAGCAAUACUCGUCACAGAUACAGAAGGACGAACCAAAAAAGUGAUUAUCCACGUCCCAUAUAAAGUGAAAAAGAUCAAACACACGCACACAGUUUACAAGACAGUUCACCACCAUCACACACAUCACGAUCACUUGGACCACGUCGAACACAUUGAUCCCCUGGACCACUACGACCAUCUGGACCACUUAGAUCAUUUGGACCACCUGCCUUCAGCUGAUGAGCACGAGCAUUUCCAUCAUAUGCACCUCGAUGAACCGAUCAAAUCUCAUAGUCAAGCGGUAUCAGAGGUCAGCAUCCCGGAGUUUCUGCCCGAUGGGUUGCUAAACCUACCCCUGGACCUCAACAGUCUGCCUCGGGACAUGCCAGGGAUACCGAAACGACUAGGCAUUCCCCUAUUUAGGCGUGAUGACAAAACUUUGGGGUAUUUUGUAACAUCGGCUCGACCUGUUGAAUAUGUUUCAAACCCCACGCUCGCAAGUUUGUUCCAAUAG